AAGGAGAAAAGACCAAAAAAAAAAAAGAGGCAAAAAGAGUUCGUGCGAGAAAAAAAAAAAGAGUUGAAGCGAGGGAGAAGGGAGAGAGUGAGACAGCAGCUAGCCAUGGCGGAGCACAAGGAGGAGGAGUCGGUGAUGGACACGAUCUCCGACAAGCUCCACGGCCGCGGGGGAUCCUCCUCGUCGUCGUUGGACUCCGACGGGGAGAGGACGGCCGCCGUGAAGGCCAAGAUCUACCGCCUCUUCGGCCGCGAGAAGCCCGUCCACUCCGUCCUCGGCGGCGGCAAGCCUGCUGAUCUCUUUCUAUGGAGGAACAAGAAAAUCUCCGUUGGAGUGCUCGCUGGUGCCACGGCCAUCUGGCUGCUCUUUGAAGUCAUGGAUUACCAUCUCCUCACCCUGUUGUGCCACUGUGUCAUUCUCACCCUGGCCAUCCUCUUCCUCUGGUCCAAUGCCUCAACUUUCAUCAACAAGUCCCCUCCUAACAUUCCCGAGGUGAGGAUUCCGGAGGACCUGGCCGUUAAUGUUGCUCGCUCACUGAGAUUUGAGAUCAAUAGGGGCUUUGCUACGUUGAGGGAGAUUGGUCAAGGUCAUGACCUGAAGAAAUUUCUGAUUGUGGUUGCAGGUCUCUGGAUUCUGUCUGUUCUUGGGAGCUGCUGCAAUUUCCUGACACUGUUCUACAUAGUCUUUAUGGCACUUUACACCGUGCCUGUUUUAUAUGAGAAGUACGAUGACAAAAUCGAUGCUUUUGGAGAGAAGGCCAUGAUCGAGCUGAAGAAGUACUGUGCCAUUUUUGAUGAGAAAUGCCUCGCUAAGAUUCCUAAGGGUCCUUCGAAAAACAAGAAGCAUUAGAAUUGUAGGAUGAGCCGUAGAAGUUACUCAGCUGAUUUAUGAUCCCUCUUGAUCACUACUUGUCGGUUUUAAGGGAUGGUUGUGAUUCCAUGCCUUCACUAAUAUAACCUCCGUUACAUAUUAUAA